CGUGUUUGAAUCGCGGUGAAUUGGUUUAUGUAGACAAGCACAGUAUUGAUAAGAGACACAAAUGGGAGUAAACUAAAUUUCUUCAUGUUGUUACAACGGUUCUUUUUAUGACAUAUUUUCAAACGGAAAUAUUCGACAUUAACGGACAUGACGUCACAGAAAAUGACAACGAUGUGAGGAGAGGGUCAGUAGUCGAUGAAUCAUAUGGAACUCUGCAUUUGAAACAGUACGUUACCAGGAGUUAACUGUUGUACAUCCUAUGGUGAACAUUAUAUUACGAGGACAGCAAUAACAUGUGGCUGAGGAAGGAAUGAUGACUUGUGUAUGUUGCUUCCAGAUUGGACAGCGUUUCAUCAGGCAAAAUGAAGAUUAUUCCACUGGUAUGGGGGAAAUUUCGAAAACACCACAUCUACAUAACGGCGCUCUUUGCAGUGGCAACUUUCGUCCUCAGCUUACGGGAAAUAGCCAGACUCGAACAAAUCCAAAAUAGGAAGCUGGCUAACCAAAUUGUUCCCUUUGAUUCUGAGUUCCCUGAAGGAGCUAAAACUCCUUUGCUCCGUGAAAGUCCAUCAUUUUGGAAGCAAUGGGUUGAGCGAACAUUGAAGGAAAACUUUGAUGACAUCAUAACUGAAGCACAAUAUGAGCACACUUCUGGUUCCAAGAAGGCUCCUUCAACCGUCAAAGAAGUAACAACAAUGACACCUAGCAGUCCAAAGCGGUUGAAUUACGUUGUUUGGUUCAAUGCACCAGCAUGGAUUAAAAGACAGAAGGGUUCAGAAUUGUUUGGAGGUUGUAAGUACAAAAUGUGUACAUUAUCAUACGAUCGUCAAGAUCUCCCUAAAGCAGAUGUCGUCCUUGUUGAUGGAUUUAACCUACACAAGGGGGCGCCACCACCCAGAUCAGCCAAUCAAAUGUUUGCUCUCUUUUCCUUUGAACCACCAACAUAUUUAACAAUACCUUCCGAAUGGAAAGACGCUUUCAACUGGACAAUAACCUAUCGUCCAGAUUCGGAUGUGUGGAGGCCUUAUGGGAUCGUACGGAAAAGGCCAUCCGGUUUGAAAGGGAAAAACUAUGAAAAGUUGGUAAAAGAAAAAACAAACAGUGUUGCAUGGUUCGUUAGUCGCUGUGCUUCACACAGCCAAAGAGAGAAAUACGUCAAAGAAUUGGAGAGGUACAUCGAUAUAGAUGUGUUCGGGAAGUGUGGCGAUGCCAAAUGCGGUAGAGAUUGUUAUGAAAAGUUAAAAUCCUAUAAAUUUUUUCUUGCUUUUGAAAAUUCCUUUUGCGAGAAUUAUGUGACUGAGAAAUUCUUCAAAACAUUUUUGCAUGAUGUUGUUCCUGUGGUACGUGGUGGCCCAAAUUAUAAGAAUCUGUUUGGAGGUGGUUAUAUCAUAGACUCAAAAGAUUUUGCAAACAUAAGAGAGCUAGGAUAUUAUUUGAACUUUCUUUUGACCAAUGAUAAAGCCUAUAUAGAACUGUUGAAAGAAAAGGACACGUUGAAAGUAUAUUUUCCAUUACCAUGGUGUGGUCUGUGUGAAAAGGUACAUAAACCUUUUCUUAAGCAAACCUAUGCUGAUAUCAACCAGUGGCUGUCGAAAGAAAAAUGUUAUUCACCAACUGAUUUAAGUGGAUAACACUGAUCACCCAUAAGCGCGGUAGUCUGUGAGGACAACAGAGAUAUUAUGCCAUUUGGGGCAAAGUUAAAGAGAUUUUAUUUACUUUCCAGUAAAAGCAAAACAAUGUGCUGUUAUAGGUGCAAAUAUGAAGCACGUUACUAAUUCAUUGUCAAGCUCUUGUAUCAAUCUCCGAAAAUACACAACCAUAUCUAAAGUAGGAAUUUUAAAGUUUUCAGCCUUCCUUUGUGUUAGUUCAUUAGCUCUAAAAAGACCCAUUAACAGUUUCUGCGCUGGCUACUGAUCAUGUUAAAACGACAAGGCUUUCCAAAUGCAGUUGGAUAUUUUUCUUAUAGCAGGGGAAUAAAAUAAUAAUUGGAACGGUAUAGUGUCCUACUGUUUUUAGUCGAAACGAUGAAACGCCUUGCAAACUUGGAAACAAUACCAUUCAUUUGCAUAAACAUGAGUCUGGUUGACAGCCUCAGCUGUGACAUCCUUCCUUGAAAGUGUGCUUGUGAUUGAUAACUGAAUGACAUCACUGAGUAUAGAAGUGAGAUAAGCGCUGUGUCAGCAAGCUGAGUAUUUCAACUGGCAAAAACAUGACAAACCUCGCUAUAUAAAUGCAUAAAAUGUAACAGC